CUAUUCCUCACACUUUAAAAUGACAUAAAAUACAAUCCAACCAGGCAUUGGAAUUAAGCACAAUUAUAAUAUCAGCAAGGAAUCCUUUUAUUUUUGAGGGGAGGGGAAGAACUCAUCACUUAAUUUUUUUCUGAAGCCAUUUGAGUCACACAUAGAACAAUCUGAGAGAAGAGACGUUUGAGACAAAACAAGAUCAUUCAUCAUCGCUGGAGGGGAAGAAGAAUUUUACAGCCAGCCUUAAAAUUAAUCCCAAAUGAGGGAGUCUCCUUCCAACACGAACUGAAAAUUGGCAGGUCACUUGCUCUGCAAAGGAACGGUUUCUGCCUGCACGUUUCGGAGGGCGCUAGGACCCUGCGCGGGAGCAGCAGGACGAAGGCAAAGAAGACAAUAAAUUUGUUCCAUUGUAAUGAGAACUGUGAGUGUUGGCAAGGGGCACUUUUUCACAGGGCCUGCCUUCUUCCACUAACGAUUUUCAGUGCCUCCUGUUAGCCAACCCGGGCAAUUUGUUCAGUUAUUGCAACGGUCAACAUAUUUGAUCUUGCGGGGGGAGGAACCCCCUCUCCACCAACAGUUUAAAUUAAGAGAGGGGGGGGGAAUAUGAAAGCAAAGCCCAGCUCAUCAUCAGCCUAUGCAGGAGCAGGAGGGGUUUGGGAGUCAGCUGUAUGCAGGAAAUCUCUCACAUCCUGAGUUUCCGUGCUCGCUCUCUCGCUCUGUAACUGUAUAUUAAUGGGGCUGUUCUCCAGCCCCAGCUGAUGAAAGUUUCUCUCUCAGUCUAGGCUAAGAUGUCCAUGCGUCGCAAUGCAGAGCGGCUACGCUCCCUUCCUCCUCCUCCUCAGCCCCCUGCCCAGCUCUUGCUCCUGCUGCUGCUCAGCCUCUUAAUAGCACCACCAUCCGGGGCUCAAGGAGGGGAUGCAAAGCACAAGCUGGAAUUCUCUAGGCAAUGGAUUUCAAAGAACCAACCAGCACACUAUGAAAUAAUAGUCCCUUAUCUCCUGAGUAGUGAAAAGUGGACACCAUUAAAAAGCUCUUAUUCCAAGACUCACCCAGCAGUGCUGAAACUUCUUAUACAAACUGAAAGUGAGCAACUUGUCAUCAUCCUGGAGAGAAAUGAUGACCUUUUUGCUGGCAACUUCACAGAAACACACUAUUUGGAAGAUGGUACUGGUGCUGUUCUUGCGCGUAAUUACACGGCUCAUUGCUACUACCAUGGUCAUGUCCAAGAUUAUGCCGAGUCUGCAGUAACUUUGAGUACAUGUUCUGGACUCAGGGGUCUUAUUUUGUUUGAGGAUAAUGCCUAUAUUUUGGAGCCACUGGAAGGUGCUACAAAUGAACAUAUAAUCUACCAAGCAAGGGACUUAAAACUAGCUCUGGGUUCUUGUGGUCAUCAUCCUAACAUCUCAGGCAUCACUCCGGAGGAUACCACACAAUUUAUCCAGAAAUUUGCUAGCAGGCACAAGAGGGAAGCCCUGAAAUCUACCAAGUAUGUGGAACUCAUUAUUGUGGCUGAUAAUCGAGAGUUUCAGAGACAGGGCAAAGACGUGGAGAAAGUGAAGCUGAGGCUGAUAGAAAUUGCCAACUAUGUUGAUAAGUUCUAUAGGCCACUAAAUAUACGAAUAGCCUUGGUUGGAGUGGAAGUCUGGAAUGACAUGGAUAAGUGCGCAAUAACCCAAGACCCCUUCACCAGCCUUCAUGAGUUUUUGGACUGGCGAAAGUUGAAACUUCUACCUCGUAAACCCCAUGACAAUGCACAACUAGUGAGUGGAGCUUAUUUCCAAGGUACUACCAUUGGUAUGGCACCAAUAAUGAGCAUGUGUACUGCAGAGCAGUCUGGAGGUAUUGUUAUGGACCAUUCCGACAGCCCUCUGGGAGCAGCAGUAACUCUGGCACAUGAGUUGGGCCAUAAUUUUGGGAUGAACCAUGAUACACUGGAAAGGGGUUGCAACUGCAAAGCAUCUGCUGACAAAGGAGGCUGCAUCAUGAACCCUUCAACAGGCUACCCAUUUCCUAUGAUGUUUAGCAGCUGCAGCAAGAAAGACCUGGAAAGCAGCUUGGAGAAAGGAGUGGGGAUGUGCCUAUUCAACCUGCCUGAAGUUAAGGAAUCUUUCGGUGGCCCAAAGUGUGGGAAUGGCUAUGUAGAAGAAGGAGAGGAGUGCGACUGUGGGGAACCUGAGGAAUGUACAAAUGAAUGCUGUAAUGCUACUACUUGCACUUUAAAACCAGGAGCAGUAUGUGCCCAUGGGCUUUGCUGUGAAGACUGCAAGCUGAAGCCAGCAGGGGUCUUAUGCAGGCACUCCAGUAAUUCCUGUGACCUUCCUGAAUUCUGCACUGGAGGCAGCCCUCUCUGCCCAGCCAAUGUUUACUUACAUGACGGGCACCCCUGCUACAGGGUAGAUGGGUAUUGCUAUAAUGGCAUGUGCCAGACACAUGAGCAGCAAUGCAUCACACUCUGGGGACUAGGUGCUAAACCUGCCCCUGGGAUAUGCUUUGAGAGAGUCAAUUCUGCAGGUGAUCCUUAUGGAAACUGUGGGAAGGAUUCCAAAAGUUCUUUUGCCAAGUGUGAACCUAGAGAUGCUAAGUGUGGAAAAAUUCAGUGUCAAGGGGGAGCAAAUCGGCCUGUAAUUGGUACCAAUGCUGUCUCCAUAGAAACAAACAUCCCAUUACAAGGAGGAGGCAAAAUUCUAUGCCGUGGAACCCACGUAUACCUGGGCGAUGACAUGCCUGACCCUGGUCUUGUCCUUGCUGGAACCAAAUGUGAAGAUGGAAAAAUCUGCCUUAACCGCCGCUGCCAAAAUACCAGCGUAUUUGGGGUUCAUGAAUGUGCAACAAAAUGUCACGGACGUGGAGUCUGCAACAAUAAAAAAAAUUGCCAUUGUGAGGCCCACUGGGCUCCUCCCUUUUGUGACAAGGCAGGAUUUGGUGGCAGUGUAGACAGCGGGCCAGUUAGACAAUCUGAUAAAAGAAGCUUAAUAAUAGGGCUACUCAUAACCACCCUGUGCCUUCUGGUUGCUGGUUCACUUAUGUACAUCAAAAGGAAGAUCUUGAUUAGAUUGUUCUUGAUUAAUAAGAAGACUACAAUAGAGAAACUAAGGUCUGUGACUCCAGCAAGGCCUUCCAGUUCAUUUGAACCUAAUCAUGUUUCUAUCACAACCCGCAGUAGUACAGAUCUGGUGAAAAAGUCACAAAAUUUGAAUACACCUAAGAGACAUGAUCCACAAGGACUGCAACGAUAUCACACAGGUAAUGUUAGCAAUCCUGUGAAGACACAGAAUACACCAUGGUCAAGCCCACCAGAGCGUAUUGUCCCACCACUGUGUGAAUUACCAUGUCCGCAGCCCACUUCCAGAAGGUUGCUGCCUGCCAGCCCCUCACCCAGAUGUGAUCAGGAAUCUUUCAAGCCAAGUCCUCCUCGAAAACCUUUGCCAGCUGAUCCUCAGAAGAACAAAUCUGCUCAGUUUAAGAGUUCCUCCACAGAAGUAUUUGGGCUUCCAAAACCUGUGCCUCAAAUUGCCCCUGUCAGGCCUGCACCUAAACAUCCACCUCAAAUGCCUAGAGCCUGCAAUACUGCCUAUAUGAAAUGACAACAUGGAACAUCAUUUGUAUCCUGGAAAGUGAAGACAGAAUUUUGCACUAUUUUCAUCUCCAGUUGGAGAUCAAUAUUUUUAUAUCAAUAGGUAGAAUUUUUAAUGUUCAAAACCCAUUAUUUUAAAGAACUCUGAGCUACUGCCUUUGGUGCUAUGCUGUGUGAAGGUGGUUUGCUUCUUUGCUCAGGUACUUGUAAAUUAUUAAUUUAUAUUUAAUAUUUAUUACAGUGCAGAGCACUGUAGUAGAUAUUGUUUCACCAUAACCAAGUUUUCCUAGGAAGGAAGCCAUUUUUGUGAUGUUUAAACAGUCUUGAACCAUCCAUUACAGAUUUCUCAAUGUUUGGUACAAACGCCUCAAAGUUUAUUUAGUUUGGACCUGUUCCUAUAAAGAAUGUUGACUAAAGCUGAAUUGAAACUUUGCUGAAACCAAGAGACAGGUGAAAUUUCAAAAGCUAGCGACUGAUAUUUGUGAAUAGAAUCUGGAGGGAAAAUAUUACUUCUAUGGAUGGAAAAUAUUACUUCUAGGGUGUAUUUUCAAGGAAGGUUAAGAAAAUAAGUGCCAAAACGAAGAAUUACCUAAAUAUCUAGGUUUAUCAGGUCUUAGGUAUUGGCUCUAUCAUCAAACAGAUGUACAUUUUCUGCAUAAAAAUUCAGAUUUUACAAAGUACAUGCUUUUCCUAUACAACCAGACCUUUAUCAUUGUGCGUUGUAACUAAAAAUUCUAAAUGGCCUGAUCCCUGUGCACAGCCAAACCCUGGUUAGAGGGAUAGAUCUGCUGACACAGCACUACAGUAGUUACUUGUGCUCUGACCACAAUACUUAACCCCAGCCAACUUGGUGGUUCAACAAAAGGCUAGUCAUCGCUCACCCAUCUGUCGGUGGGCACCCUUUGCGGGGCCACACACAGCACCCCCAAUCCACUGGAGACUUACCAGAAAUCAGCAUUCUCAUUUUGAUGAGAACUCUGGCCCCAAAUAAGUUUCUAAUAUUUGACCUUGGAGGCCACAGCAACAGCUUUCAAAGCUAGUUUCACAGAAGUGUUCACUUCAACUCUAGUACUUGCUCUCAUUGAGCAGUUGUCAGAUUUCAAGUUAUAAUCCCACCGGUUUCGAUAAAUCUUUAAACAGAUCACACAAACUAUUUCUCCUAUUAUACAGCGAAAAACCCCUACAUCUGCCCACAUGUGUCAUGUCUCAGUGUUCUAAAUCUUAAAAGGCCUGCUAUAGCUGUUUGAAACUAACUGAAAGUCUGUAUUUCAAGAGAGUAUAUAGGCUUUCAGCAUGUUUUCUUAAUUAAAAAAACUAUAUUGUA